UACGGCUUAACCAAUAAUAUAUAAAUAUUGUUCAUACAUAACUAUUGUCCCAUUUAACUCACAGUAAUCAUCAUGCAUCACAUUCCUAGUACAAUUCUAAUUACGUGUGUGAUUUUAGGUUUCGUAAACUGUGAUAGUUCACUUCGACCUCUUCGAAGUGGUUUCUUUCGUAAGAUAAUACCACUGACAUUUGACUUUCCUGUUUGUGAACCCAACAGUAUAUGUAAAUGGGCAGUUUGUGAAUGGAACAGGGACCCAGAUUUGAUCUUAUCAAAUUCAAACUGUUACUUUUACAAUAACCAUCAGUGUAAUAGAUGUCCAGAAAAUUAUGAAUGCCAAAACACUAAUGACAAAGAAGUUGAAGCCAGUUUUGUGACGUAUGCUUACAGAUGUCUACCUUUAUAAGCAUUCACAAUUGGUUAUUCCAUCAGUCAGACAACUUAUGGUAUCACUAAUGACCACAAAGAUGUUUUGUUUCAAUGACUUUAGUUUAAAUAUAUUUUAUUGUUAAAAAAUGACAAAUGGAUUAGACAUAAGAUUUUCAACUUAGUAACGUCUUCUUCAAUAACUUUACCAAAUGAACUGAAAUAUUUUUGAUAAUAUGAUAAAAUUAUGUAUAAUUUACUACAUAUCGAUAUGAAUUAGGUUCUGAAUUCCUUUAGGCAUUUCCCUAUAUAAUUAUGUAUCAAUUCAGGAAGGAUGUUUGUCAUGUUGAAAGUUGGUAAGAAAGCGAGAUAUUUGAUUGUAUGC